CGAUAAUAAAAAAUGGCGCUAGAUUUCGCGGCUACUUAUAAAAUCCUAGUUUUAGGUGAUUCGAAUGUUGGUAAAACAUGUAUAGUGCAUCGUUUCUGUGAUGAAAGAUAUUACGAUACAUACAUAUCCACUAUAGGCAUAGAUUUUAAACAAAAAAUUGUUAAUCUUGAUGGCGUCCCAAUUAAACUGCAAAUUUGGGACACAGCCGGUCAGGAGAGAUUUCGAACCCUCACAACAGCCUAUUAUCGAGGCGCAAUGGGAAUUUUACUUUUAUAUGACGUCACUAAUUUAGAAUCUUUCAAUCAUAUAACAUAUUGGCUUCAAAAUAUAGAAGAGAACGCUUCCCCUCAUGUAAUCACCGUCUUGGCUGGAAAUAAAUGUGAAUCACCAGACAGAAUCGUUGACAGUGAAAGUGGACAAAAGAUUGCGGAACAUUUCGAUUUAACUCAUUUUGAAGUCUCCUGCAAGGACAAUGUUAACAUUGAAGCGUCUUUUAUGACUUUAGCUAGGAAAAUUCGUGAGAAACGGGAACAAAAAGGUUAUGCUUUAAAUGAACCAAUCAAAGAAGACAAUUCUGAUCUUCUUAAACCCAAAACUGAGCUUCAAAUUCGUGCAUGUUCAGCAUGUUAAUUCAAGACUGUCAAUGAGCUAUCAAAUAAGUAUGUGGUAACUGUAAGUAAAGCUUUAAAAAUGUACGUAAACACACGCUCAAAACUAUUAAAAUGUAAGAUAUAGACUAUACAAGGUGUCCGAAAAAAACAAUGAUAGAUUUCGGGGGGUGUGGUUCCCUACGUCAAAAUAAGCAAAAAAGGGAGCUUAUAGUUAUAUCAGGUGAACAAAAUAAAAUAUGGAACCAAACUAUUUAUUUUUUGAGAAAACUAAUGUUGUUUUUGAGUUUUGCACAAUUUUUUUUUUCAUUUCCAUACAAAUUUCUAGGGAUUUUUCUUCUUAUUUUGAGCUAUGGGACCACCCCCCGAUGUCUUCCAAUAUUUUUUUCUGACAACCAGUAUACAGGGUGAGUCUACCAAAAGUAUAUUUUAACUUAAUAUCAAAAACUAAUAGUCAUGUGAAUUUUUUCAUAUUUUUUCUCCUGUUUGUUGUAAUAAAUAUUAGUUAAUUUAUGUUAGGUGGUUGAAAAAAAAAUUGUAUUAUUUCUAACGUUCCGUUUCAAAAUGUAUUUUUACGAAUUAUAUAUUGACUGACACUUUUAUUUAAUUUAAAAAAAUACGCCAUUUUUCGCGUGCAGAAUAGAAAUUUUUACACAAAAUGUGUGAAAAAAUCUGAAAAAUUAAAAUGCACAGACAGCGAAAUUUUUUUUAUGGUAAAAGCUGAUCUUUGUAUGAUUAUGUUUUUGAUAUAAAGUUAAAAUAUACUUUCAAUGGACUUGUUGUAUUCCGGAAAAUUGUCCACCGAAAUUGCAGGAAUUCCUAUAAAUCCAAAUUAAUUCCUGUAAUUCCAAAUUCAUUCCAAUUAUCUCCGAUAAUUCCAAAAAUAAUUCCAGUAAUUUUUAAAAAAUUCUAGUAAAUCCAAAAAAAUUUCGACGAAAUUCCAGUAAUUCCAAUAAUGUAUCUUAAAUCAAUAGUUCUAAGCAAUUUUCAAAAAAAUUAUCAGAUAAUUUUGAUAAUUCCAAAUAAUUCGACGCAAUUUCGAUUAAUUCCGAAAAAUUGUACAACUUAUUCCAGAGUUAACGACUUCUCGUAUGGAUUCAUUAAUUAGUUUCUUAAUUGUUAGACGUUUUCGAUGGAGAAAAAUAUCAUUGUUAGAAAUUCUUCCAAAGAUUUAUCAAAUAUUUAUUUGAUAGCAUCAGUGCGAAUAGCAACCCUCCCCAUAUACACAAAUCUGCCGAUUUAUAAUUUUUUUAAUAUACUCGUACUUGUUUUUAUUAGGACAAAGCAAUAACUGUUAUUGUUAUCUGAUUAACCGUGCUGAUUUUUUUAGUGCAGAAUCUUAGUUUGAAAUAGAAACGCACAAAUGAUAAAUAUCACUUUUCUUCAAACACGAAAAGUUUGAAAUACUCAACUAAAUGUUUCUUUUUUAGUAAGACUGAUGCUUAAUAUAUGUACUAAAAUCUACUAUAAGUUGUUACUAUAUUCUUCACAGGUGUUCCAGAAAUAUCUAGUAUAGCGAUCGAUUUUUAAUUUUUUAUAGGAUAAGUCUGGGCGAGAUGGACUUUUACAUAUUUUUAUGUAUUUAAAACUUUCGAAUUGUAUAAAAAUGAGAGAUCUUUCUGGAACACUUUGAAAAGAAGUUGCU